AUGUUUCCGUUCCCUGCGAUUCUGAUACUUGGAGCAUUUCUAAUUGCCUUGACAUUUUUCACCCUCACUAUGCUUGGAUGGUGCUGUAAUACCAAUCCCUUUUCACCUCCUCCUCCAUCUUUUGCUGACAAGAUAUCUGGUUUCAUGAGUUUAGAGUCACAUUCUAUCACAUUCAUGUACAAGGAGGCAGAGGCUGCAACAACAGAAGGCACAAACCAGACUGAAUGUGUUAUCUGCUUAACAGCAUUUCAAGAAGACGAAAGUGUCCGAAAGCUUCAUAGUUGCAAGCACAUCUUCCACACAUGUUGUAUUGAUAAGUGGCUUGGCUCUCAGACCGGUUGUCCACUGUGCCGCACUCAGAUUGACAAAGUGGCAUCCCCAAAGGGGACAGGGACAAAUAAUGAGAUGAUUACGGUCAUAGUUAACUCCUGA